UGGCACGCAUCAAGACUCAGCGGCUGAUUGACAUGGGCGUUGAUAGUAUUGUUACGAGGCGUUCUGAUCAGCCAAGAUGAUCGCGGGUAUAUAUUGAGCUCCCCCGCGCUCCAUCUUGAAAUCAGCAGUGCGAUCGGACUUGCGCCUACAUAUACAGGGCAGUCUUCUUACCUUCUCAUUGCCUCCAAGCUCAACUCAAGUUACCAGCUACACCAUGGCGAGCAUGAACCGCCCAGCAGACCCAUUGGCGAAGGGUAUCAUCCCCACCGCUAAGCAGAGUCUCAAGGAUCUCUUCACUUGGGACCAACGUGUAGUGGUUCGCAAUGACUACGGCGAGGAGCACUGCGAGUGGCAGAAGCCAGAGCCCCUCAAGAAUCCCAUCAGCUUGUUUGCUCAGCUCGGCUUGAAGGAUUGGCUUUACUUCCUCGUCGGAUUCCUCGCAUGGACUGCCGAUGCCUUCGAUUUCCACGCGUUGUCAAUCCAGACAACCAAGCUUGCCGACUACUACGACACAUCAAACACUGCUAUAUCGACGGCAAUCACCCUGACACUGCUUCUCCGCUCCGUCGGCGCUGCCAUGUUCGGUGUGGCUGGAGACAAGUUCGGUCGCAAGUGGCCCAUGGUCCUCAACAUGAUCAUCUUGGGUCUUCUCCAGGUUGCUACCAUCUACGCUGGAACUUUCCAGCAAUUCUUGGCUGUACGGAGUCUCUUCGGUCUCUUCAUGGGAGGUGUUUACGGAAACGCCAUCUCCAUGGCGCUUGAGAACUGCCCGGUCAACGCCCGUGGUCUUAUGAGUGGUAUCCUACAGCAAGGUUACUCAUUCGGUUACGUCCUCGCAGCCUGCGCAAACUUGGGUGUCGGUGGUGCGACCAACACUUGGAAGACCGUCUUCUGGGUCGGCGCCGGUUUCUCGAUCGCCGUUGGUCUCAUCCGCAUAUGCUUCCCUGAGUCAAAGCAGUUCCUAGAGGCAAAGAAGGCUGGUCACCAGAAGGCGCCCGGUGCCUUCUGGGCCGAGACAAAGCAGAUGCUUCGCAAGGAGUGGAAGAUGUGUGUUUACUGCAUCAUCCUUAUGACUUGGUUCAACUACUACUCGCACACUAGCCAGGACAGCUACACUACUUUCAUGAAGGAGCAGAAGCAUCUCAGCCCAGCAGGUGCUACCCGUGCUUCUAUCCUCAUGAAGACUGGUGCCUGUGUCGGUGGUACCAUUCUUGGAUACACCUCGCAAUGGUUCGGUCGUCGCCGCAUGAUCGUUUGCGCUGCCUUGAUCUCCGCUUGCCUCAUCCCCGCCUGGGUCCUCCCCACAACUGAGCGUGGUCUAUCCGCAUCUGGCUUCAUGAUUCAAUUCUUUGUCCAGGGUGCCUGGGGUGUCAUUCCCAUCCACUUGAGCGAGCUGUCACCACCUGCUUUCCGUUCCUCUUUCGUCGGUAUCACCUACCAACUCGGAAACAUGAUUUCCUCGCCCUCUGCUCAGAUCGUCAACGCCGUCGCUGAGGCUACUAUGAUCAGCACUGCAAAGGGCGAGCAAUCCCCCGCUUACGGACCAGUCAUGGCUGUUGCGACUGCAAUCAUCGCUCUCGGUAUUGCUGUCACUACUGCUCUUGGCCCCGAGAAGAAGGGUCGUCACUUCGAGGAGGCUGGUCCUAUCGGUGCCAACGUUGAGCCUGUCAAGGAUAUUGAGUCUGGCAGCAUGCACAGCGAGAAGGAUGGUGUCAAGGCAGUUGAGGUCGUCGACGGCUCCAACCACAACGAGAAGGCUUGAGCAUGCUUCUCAACCAGAUCUUGUCUGCAGUGCAGAGCAUGUUUAAGCGGUUGAGCCGCUGGCUGAUUCCCACAAUGAUGAUACCAAACAGGUCCAUAUGACCACGAGAUACGAUGAAUGAAUAAGGACAUGAACAACAAUAAUUUCCUCGCUUCCUCGUGCUUUGUGGAUAAUGUGUGCCACGCUCGAUUACUUUUACUAACGACACAUAAUUCCUCGCGCGCAUUUCACGUCAUGUG